UGCUACAGAGGGAGGCGGCGAUGGCGAGCUGCUGAGAACUGUCCAACCAGCCGGAUGUGUCUCACCUCAGCCCCGGUGUCUCCGCUGUUCCGCCUUCCGAGCGAGGGAGGAAGAGCCUCAGAGGCGCUCGCAGACGCGGAAAAGAGAGACAUGGUUGUGUGACGGUGCGGCUGGUUUCUGGCAACCCUCCACCGGCUGGUCCGAAACUUCUGUAAUCCGAUCAGUGGGAAAACGUCGUCCGUUCAUUUUGACUACGCCUCACCGCUGUUUCGUGGUCUGUAUAAUUCUUUUUUUUUUUAAUUUGUGCGUGCGUGCGCAUGCUCGCGCGCGUGCUCGCGACGGCUGCUUCGCCUCGGUGGAUCGCCCUCACUCGCAGCUCAUCACAAGACGCCGGUUAGCGCACAAGAGCUUGUGGAAAAAAGAAGAUUGCAUUAGACAACUUUCCCCGGCAGAGGAGGACACAGCUGUCUCUCUCUCUCUCUCUCUCUCUCUCCCCCCCCUCUCUCUCUCUCUCGCUCUCUCCCUCCCACAUAUUCCUUUUUUUCUUCAAUUCACGUUCUCCUUUUUUAGUUCCUGGGAAUUGCCUCGCUCUCUCUCUCGCGCUCUCUCUGUCUGUCUGUCUGUCUCUCUCCCUCCCUCAUCACCGGAGUUUUCCCGGUAGCCAGCCAUGUCUAGAGAUAGUGUCACCAUCCCGGACGACCGGGCUUUCGCCAGCUUCAAGGCCGAAUGUCUGUGCGAAGAAGGCUGGAGUCUGACCUACAGCAAGUCGGGCGUAACAGUGUGGACCCAGGUCAUGGACGAAGAAAAGUCUAUCCACAAAGUCAAGUGUCGAAUGGUGUGCAAGGAUGUGUCGGCUGAGACCAUGUACGACGUUUUACAUGACAUUGAGUACAGACAAAAAUGGGACACAAAUGUCAUUGAGACCUUUGACAUUGGAAAACUCACUGUGAAUGCAGAUGUUGGAUAUUACUCAUGGAAGUGCCCAAAGCCACUGCGGAACCGAGAUGUCAUUACGCUUCGCUCCUGGCUACCAAUGGGGAAAGAUUAUAUAAUCAUGAACUACUCUGUCAAACAUGCCAAAUACCCUCCUAAGAAAGACAUGGUGCGAGCUGUGUCCAUUCAGACUGGCUACAUGGUCCAGAGCCAGGGACCCAACCACUGCACUCUCACUUACCUGGCCCAGGUAGACCCACGAGGUUCACUGCCCAAGUGGGUUGUCAACAAGUCUUCCCAGUUUCUUGCUCCUAAAGCAAUGAAGAAGAUCAACAAAGCGUGUGUGAAGUAUUCAGAUUGGAAGCAGAGACACAACCCCGGUUUAAAGCCCUGGCUCUACCCAGAACAGACUACAUUACCCAGCAUCCCACUCUCUGAGCUUAGCAUCCAGCAUGCCGAGAGCCUGGAGAACAUUGAUGAGAGCUCCCUGGCCGAAGCCCAGGAGAGAGACAGUGACUAGCUCCCACAUAUGUGCAAGCACAUAUAUUCACACAGACAGAAAUAUAAACACGUAUGUAACGCAGAGAUACACACGUGCAUAGAUACGCAUACAUGUCAUAGCAAGAAGGGAAUUGCAUUAUAGUGUACACCUGCACAGACACACAUCCAUAAUACCUACAUGGACACACACAAAGAUACAUACAUACAUUUAUAUUGAUAAGAUGUGGACUCGAAUGACUCUACAUAGAUACGUUACGUGAUGGCAACCCAUCAUCAAAUGCCAGUAGAUUGAAUGUGUGAGGCAAUUUUAAGGUAACCCUUGAAAUCACAGCCCAUUCAUUAUGCAGAAAUAACUAAUAUAUGAGUGAAAUAGCCCUGUGAUGGCUUGGCGGCCUGUCCAGGGUGUCUCCUCGCCUGCCGCCCAAUGACUGCUGGGAUAGGCUCCAGCAUCCCCAUGACCCUGAGACCAGGAUAAGCGGUCUGAAUAAUGGAUGGAUGGAUGAGUGAAAUAGACAUAACUGAAAUAUGAUGAAUUGUAAUUACUGGGGAAAAUGUGAGUUGAAUUGGGGUUUAUAGCUCUAAUUUGCUUCCUUGUCAUUAUAUGGUGUAAGGUUCAAGAUUCAAGAUUCUUUAUUUGUUACGUCUCAUUAUAAAAGUAUAAGAGAGUCAAAUUCUUGAGUUUCGGCUCCUCAACACCGCAGCAACAAUAGUAGCUGAACAACAACAAAACAGAAAUAAUAAAAAUAUAAUCCACAAAUAUUAUACAGGGUAAAUUAACAUAUUUUGCCAAACAAAACACAGUAUUAUGAAUCAUUUGUGUUUCUGAAAUGAAAUGUAAUUAGCCGUCAAACUUGAAUAUGAGGUGAAUAUCAAAUAUCUUGCAAUCUUUACCGUUGUUAUGUUACUCAGCAUAACAUUAUGCUUAUUUUACUCAUAUAUUACUCAGUUAUUUCUGCUUAAUGGAUGGCCUGUAAUUCAAAGAAUUACCGCGUUUUAACAUGGAGCAGGGCAGGUAUGAAUGAACGGGACCUCUAUUUUUCGUUUCUUUGUUCUUACUAGCUCAGAUUUAGUUCAUUUCACUGGACAAGUCUGAGACGUAAUUAGCGGAAUAAACAAUUUUUUAGCAGAGAAAAGACAUAUAAUGAGCUAAAGUAAUGUAGUAAUUACAAACCAAAACAAGAACUUGUAAUAUUAUCUCAACCUUUGAAUGAAGGUUCUAAAAAUACUUCUUAAAAGCUAGUUAUAUAUAUAUAUAUAUAUAUAUAUAUAUAUAUAUAUAUAUAUAUGCAAAAGUUUUUUGAGUUAGUGAAUUUCUGAAAGUCAGGUGUACUUCAGUAUUUACAGUUUUACAAAUAUUGAUUUUCUUGUCUUACUUAUGCAGUGGCAUACUUGUCAAUGCUUGGCACGAUUAGAGCCAUCGACCUAACCCAAGGAUGCAUUAACUACUUGACGUUUUAGUGAAACCCCCGAUGAAGGCACAUAUGGAUAUAUAUAUAUAUAUAUAUAUAUAUAUAUAUAUAUAUAUAUAUAUAUAUAUUGCACUCACAACUGCAGACAUUUCAUGUUGUCUCUGCACCUUUUUUCUUUCUCUGUCAUUGAUUGUGUAUGUGGAUCCUGUUUCCUUUUGUUAGCACAUAGUAAAUGAGCAGGUGUGCAGAAGGCAGCUGGAAUACACACACACACA